AUGGACACUCUUGGAGUGACCCAGGCGGCUUCGACCUCCGCGCAUGCGGAGAUUCGAGCCAUGCGGAGUCUCCCCCUGCAUCGGGGUACAGCCUCCGCCUGCCCCGCGAUCCACACCACAUGGAAGAGGCGAGACCUCUGCAGGACCUCUCACAGGGUCCCGACGCGGCCUCGCGCACUCUCCGCAUCGUUUGCAUUCACCCCCCCGGACCGCAACGGCAAGCUGCUGGGGGAGGUGAGGGUGGCCGAGGGACCCUCCUUUCUGCCUGCUCGCGUCCCGGAGCCCGCCGACAACCCGCCCAAGCCCCUCAAGAUCAACCAGGACCUGGCCAUGUACCGUGCGCGCCAGCUGCGCAUCUCCGGCUACCGCGCGGCCUCCCCCACUCGCCGCGCCAAGCUGCUGGCUGAGGCGGAGGGCGCGCUGCGGGCCUGCAUGGCCAUGGACCCCACUGACGGCCGCGCCUAUGUGGCGCUGGGCAAGGUCCUCGUCAGUGGCAAGCGCUUCGCCGAGGCCGAGGCGCUUUACGAGUCUGGGUGCACCGCCACCUGCGGCGCCAACGCCCACAUCUGGACGGCCUGGGCCCACCUGGCGCGACUGCAGGGCGACCUGGGGAAAGCGCGGCGCCUGUUCGACGCCGCCAUUGUGGCCUCGCCCGCGCACGCCGCCGCCUGGCACGGCUGGGGCCAGCUGGAAAGGACGGAGGGAAACGUGAAGCGGGCGCGUGACCUCUGGAUCAAGGGCAAGUCCAGCCAGGCGCUGUGGCACACGUGGGCGGCGCUGGAGUCCAGGCGCCAGCCGGUGGACGCCAACCGCGUGCGCGCGCUGUACCGGCGCGGCCUGCAGGCGGCCCCGGGGUCGCGCUACCUCCUCCUGUCAUGGGCCAUGUGGGAGAAGGCGGCGGGCGACGUGGAAGCCGCGCGGAAGCUGCUGGAGCAGGGCACCCAGGCUUGCCCGCGGGAUGCGGCGCUCUGGUCGGCGUGGGCCAAGCUGGAGGAGCAGCAGGGGGAGGUGGGCGUGGCGCGGGAGCUGUACAAGCAGGGCUCCGUGGCCGACCCCUCGCACCUCUACGUAUGGCAGGGCUGGGGAUGCCUGGAGUUCCGCCAGGGUAACAACGACUCCGCUCGGGCGCUGUUCCAGAGGGGCAUCUCUAUGUGCCCCCCGCGCGCCAAGAGCGCAGCGCACCUGUUCCAGCCAUGGGCGGUGCUGGAAAGCAGGAAUGGAAACACGAGGCUUGCCCGGGAGCUCUUUAAGUGUGCGGUCAAGGCAGACCCGGAGAGCAGUCCCAGUUGGAAUGCCUGGGCCGACAUGGAAGCCAAUCUGGGGGCGCUGGAGAGGGCGAAUGAACUGCGCAACUUUUCCAUGCAGGAGCGGAGGGAGGUGGUGAAGCCCUUCAACUUCACGACGCUCCCGAAAGCAGGCACCUUCUCCAGCAUGGUGAGACCCUACAAGUUUGAUCUGCUGAAUGACAUGGAGGCGAUCCCCUCGGUCGACCCCCAGUCGCUCCCCCUGCAGCACCCUUUCGCCAACAGGGUGCACACUGCCGAUGAUGGCUUUGGACCAUCCGCAGUCCUGGCCACUCCUGCCACUUUCGGGACUGUGUACCUGGGACACACUUUUCGUGCGUGUGUCGUGCUGUGCAAUCUGGAUCGCACACCGGUGUCCAGCCUCUCCGUCACAACCGAGGGCGGGAGGGCCCUCCUCCACAGCAAUGCCGCCGGCUCCCAUCUCACCCUGCCCGCUGGUGAGCAGCACAGCAUCCUGAUAAACCAUGGCAUCAAGGAGGUGGGGCUGCACACCCUCACCUGCUCUGCAGCUUUCACGGACGCGGACGGGAAUCGUCGGCAGGAGUCCCAGGCAUUCCGAUUCUCCGCCGCCAAUCCCCUCAUCGUCCGGACCAAGCAACGCACCGUGGACGAUGACAUCCUGCUGGAGGUGGUCCUGGAGAGCGCAGUGCAGCAUCCUUUUUUACUCACACGCCAUGCCUUCCUGGCCAACGCGCCCUAUGUCGCACAGGAGGUCUCAGCCCCUGCCGGCGAUGGCAACAGCGAGCCUCCUCUGGGACCCCUCAGCCGCUCGCUGGCCAAGCACCCCCUGCUCUGCCCCAACGGCGGGUCGUAUGGACUGGUCUUCCGCCUGUCUGUAGAGCCCGGGGCCCCCAGGCCGGGUACAGCCCCCCGCGACCCCGGCUCCGGCAACGUGCCCCUGGGCAAGCUGGACCUGGAGUGGACGGGGCCCAUGGGCGAGGAGCGCGCCUUCCUGCUGGGCCUGGAGGUCCACAACGCCGGCCGCCGGCCCUCCGGCCCACUGCUCGUGUCGUGGCGCGGCUCCGCCACGACGGGCGCCGUGGUGGCCUCGGGCCAGCACUCUGUCCCCGCGCCGGCCCUGGCGCCCGGCGAGCGCCACCGCGUGGCGCUGCGCUUCCUUCCCCUCGCCGCCGGGCAGCAGCUGCUGGCCGGCUGCCUGCUGACUGACGAGCGGACGGGGGCGGUGCUGGAUACCCUGCAGCCGCGUGAGGUGUUCAUCCACCCCGGCGCCUAG